GCAUGAACAUAAAUGUCACUUUAAAAGACUUUGGGAAUUGAACAACCUCCUGUGAGUUAAACUCACUUUAGCAAGUCAAAGCGGCUCAAAUACUACAACCCGAUAACUAUUGCCAUGAAUAGUGAUUUAUUUAUUUUGGGAGGUUUUUAAGGAUUUUCUGGGGGUUGGCUGUUGAUAUCACAGCAGGACGUGGCAAAAGCUCUUUCCCAAUGCAGGUUUGUUGUUCAGGGGCUCAUUCAGCUCUAAGCCCACACUAGGCUGGUGGUCUGGAUCCCAGGAGCACAGUGAAGAUGAGCAGACACAUAGGCAUCGCACUGUGUCUGAUGCUGCUCUCCUCUCAGACGCCAACAGCCGGCGCAGAAGUCCCACGCCACUGUCCAAUCAACUGCCUGUGCUUCUCGGCCAAUCGGGUGCUCUGCUCCGACCCUCAGAUGUCUUCGCUACCCAGGAUCCUCUCAGGGGAGGUCAAAGAGGUCAUCGUCAUGACGACGCCCCUCAUGUACCUCUUGGCCAACACCUUUCAAGGAAGUCCCCAGCUGGCCAAGCUGGUGUUCCUGAACAACGGCAUACGGGACAUCCACGCCAAGGCCUUCGAUAACCUGACUCGGCUAGAGGAGCUGGACCUCAGCGGGAACCCGUGGUUGGAACAGCUGCUCCAGGGAACCUUCUCCAAGCAGGGCAACCUCACCAAGCUACAGCUCAACUUCAACAGGCUCAAAACUCUGCUCCCGGACACCUUCAGCUCGCUGAGGAGCCUGGAGACUCUGGAGUUGAGGGGCAACCUCAUAGCCACCCUGCCCGGGUCUCUCUUUCGCAGCCUGCAGCGUCUCGUUUUCCUAGACUUGUCCCGCAAUUGGCUGGAAGAAGUAAAGCGGGAAGAUCUGGAAGCUUUGACUGAGCUCAGAACCCUCAAGCUGAACUACAACCUUCUUAGCUGUCUCUCAGUGGAUACAUUCCACAAUGUGUCUCAACUGAAGGAGCUUCACCUAGAAGGGAACAGUUUAGCUGAGCUUCCUCGUGACGUCUUCUCGGUUCUCACCAAGUUAGAGGUGCUGAACCUCAGAGGAAACUUUCUCUCCAACUUCAGCUCGGACGUGUUUGGCAGCUUUCCCUCACGCCUGAAGGAGCUGUCGCUUAAGGGCAACGAGUUGAUUGAGCUCUCCGGCUCUUGUUUCUAUGGACUGACCUCGCUGACCUGCCUCACCUUGUCUAACAACCAGCUCUCCCAGCUUCCAUCGGACCUGUUCCAGAACCUCACAAGCCUGGAGAACCUGGACCUCUCCGAAAACCACCUUGACUCGCUUCCGGAGGAGAUCUUUAGGGACCUCCAAAGCGUCAAGGUGAUCCAGCUGCAAAAGAACAACCUGACUGAGUUGGCGGCCAAGCUGUUCGCGGACCUGCCGAUGCUGCGACAGCUGCACCUGUCAGACAACCGGCUCCAGACCCUCGCCCCGGGCCUCUUCACAUCGCUCCACUCCCAACCCGUGGUCAGACUGCAUGGCAAUCCCUGGCAGUGCGACUGCCAUGUGUCCUAUCUGCACGACUGGAUGCUCAACCACAGCCUGGACCCGGAGGAGCAGGACAAUGUGCGCUGCGGGGGCCCUGGGCCUCUGAGGGGCCGGACUAUAGCCUCCGUCGACAAGGAGCGUCUGGUGUGCCGUCUGCCCGAGAACAGGCUUAUGGCGGAUCCAGAGAAUUGCGCUUUGCGUGCCUUCAACGGCACCGUUGUGGUAAACUGCAAGGUGGACCGGUGUUCUCCCCUUAGGGUGAAGGUACAGUUUGAGGCGCAGGAUGGGACGGUGUAUGAGAAUGUGUUGCAGAGGCACUGGCAAGGGAAUAAACAAUGCAACAACAAUACAAUAUACAAUAAGACGGAGACACCCUAGAAGUAUUUCCUUUUCUCUGCACAUUUUCAUCAUUGGUACGAUGAAGCAAAAUGUAUCUGCUCCACGUGGAUUUGGUCUAUUCUCCUGCCAAACCCUGUGGCCCUGUGCUCAUAUUCGAUAUGUCAAAUGAACCUUUACCUCAACAACUGACAGCCAGGAGAUUAUCAGUCUGUUUCUGGACACAGUUGGAAGAUAAGAAAGGGUGGAUGACCCCUUUUUUCGUAAGGUUUAAGGUUCACUCUGCUAUGUUGAUAUAGACCAGGACCUUCAGUAAAGGUUAAUGAUUUACUGGAGCGUGGGCUGCAGUUAGGUGUGUUUCCACUAGAUGCCUCUGGUUCUCUGUUGGUGUUCAGUGUUAUGUCUGCCAUCAGUCCACUCUCAACAAAGAAGGACUAUUUCACUUUUCUACUCUGAAUAUUAAAGAGGCCCUCAGCAAAAAUCGAUUGCAUCUUUCUUCAUUGGUUUCAUGUUAUUAUUUCAUAAAGUUGUAUUCAAGGGGUGAGUGGCAAUGUCAAUCCAUCUUAAAUUGA